AUGCCGGUGUGGGUGUUUGGCUCCUGGGAACGGGUCCUGACUGUCAACUGUGCUUAUGCGCCGAGCAGCAGUUCAGGGUACCCAGCCUUCUUGCAGUCCCUGAGUGGGGCACUGGAGGGUGCUCCUCCUGGGGACUCAGUCGUCCUACUGGGAGACUUCAAUGCUCACGUGGGCAACGACAUCACGCCCCUCACAUCCUGCAGGAAUAAAUGUUAUGAGCCUUUUGACAACGAGAAACCUGGCUGCAGAUGUGAUGAAAACUGCGUCACCGCCAACAGCUGCUGCUUCGACCACAGUGACAUCUGCACUGCUCCUACUGAGCAGUGGGAAUGCACAAACGUGCGCUGUGGUGAGAAGAGGCUGACGCAGAGCAAGUGCCACUGUUCAGAUGACUGUCUUUCUGCUGGAGACUGCUGCACCAACUACAAACAUGUCUGCCACGGAGAGAAACAGUGGGUUGAAGAUGCGUGCGAUGACCUGUCGACCCCAACGUGUCCCGCAGGCUUCAAGCAGCCGCUGCUCCUCGUGUCUUUGGAUGGCCUCAGGGCAGAGUAUCUGCAGACGUGGAGUGCACUCAUCCCUGUCCUGGAUAAACUCAGAAGGUGUGGAACUUCAGCUCCAUUCAUGCAGUCCGCAUUUCCCACAAAGACUUUUCCCAAUCACUACUCCAUUGUUACGGGUCUCUACCCAGAGUCAAAUGGUCUGAUUGACAAUACCAUGUACGACCCGGUGUUUGAUGCCACCUUCUCCCUGUCCAGUCCAGAGAAAAAUAACCCCGACUGGUACCUUGGACAACCUAUUUGGCACACAGCAAAGUCCCACGGACUGAAGUCUGGGACUUUCUUCUGGCCUGGAUCGGAUGUGAAAAUCGCCAACAGUUAUCCUGACAUCUACGUACCUUAUAACGGUACCGUGCCGUUUGAAGAAAGAGUGUUCACUGUGCUGGAGUGGCUGCAGCUGCCGGCUAAUAAAAGGCCGGAUUUCUUUACGCUAUAUCUGGAGGAGCCGGAUAAAUCUGGACACAGCUACGGUCCUGUGAGUGGAGGGGUUAUUACAUCACUCCAGGGUGUGGAUAAGAUCAUUGGUCAGCUCAUGAAUGGACUGAAGCAAAUUAAUCUACACCGCUGUCUCAACAUCAUUAUUGUGGCUGAUCAUGGUAUGGAGGAAACAAGCUGUGAAAGAAAGGAAACAAUGAAGGAACUCGUGGGCGAAACCAGCAUGUAUGUGGUAACUGAGGGUCCCAUCGGACGCAUCAGAGCCAAGAGAAAAGACGCACCGUGGGACUCUGCUGGACUUGUUGCUAAUAUGACUUGUAAGAAGCCAGACCAAAAAAUCAAGCCGUACCUGAAGGCGAACCUACCAAAGCGCCUUCACUUUGCCAACAGUCGUCGCAUUGAAGAUGUCAGCGUCCUGGUUGACACUAAAUGGCUGUUUGAGAGGGAUCCAGGGUCUCUCACAUUCUGCUCUGGUGGUAACCAUGGCUAUGACAAUGACUUUGAGACAUCUGGUACUCGACAAACAGCCGUCAUCAGGGGCACAAAAAUAAAUUCAAGUUUGUUUAAUGCAGAUGUCCUCGAGGUUUCUCCUUCCAGCAACAAUGGAACUCACGGCAGCAUGAAUCACGUAUUGCAGCAGCCCUACUACACACCGGUGCACCCCGCUGAACAAAGUGAGCCCACUCAGUGCCCACUGGUCAGCCUAAACCCUGAAGACAACCUGGGAUGCUCCUGUGGUGAGGUGGAUGAACCUGAUAUGAACAAACGACUGAAUCUGAGUGCAGAGGAGGAAUCCGCUGCAGAAAAGAAGCACGCGCUUUUUGGUCGACCCCGGAUGAUGCAACCUGACCAAAGUUAUUGCAUCCUCUACCAGGAGGGAUUCAUCAGCGCCUAUAGCCACGAAGCCCUGAUGCCCCUGUGGAGCUCUUUCACCAUCGACAAGCCUAAUAACCUGGACCCGUUGCCUCCAGUCACACCAGAUUGUUUUCGGGCUGAUGUGAGAAUUUCAGCGUCUCAGAGUCCCAGAUGUGAUCAGUAUACUCCUGCUGGAAAGCUGCACUCAGCCUUUUUGUAUCCACCCAAUCUUAAUACAACGGUGGACCAGCAGUAUGAUGCUUUACUGAUGAGUAAUGUGGUACCAAUGUACCCCGAGUUUAAGAGGAUCUGGGAAUAUUUCCACAACACACUGCUUAAGAAAUAUGCCUCCAUUUACAAUGGCAUGAAUGUGGUAUUGGGUCCAGUGUUUGAUUACAACUAUGACGGACAGUUUGACACUCCAGAGCAGAUCCAGCAGUUUCCUCCUGAUACAAACAUCUCCAUCCCCACACACUACUUUAUUGUGUUGGCCAGCUGCAGGGACUCUGCUCAAAGCGUGACUUCCUGUGACGGCGAGCUGCAGACUGUAUCCUUCCUCCUGCCUCACAGAGCUGACAACCUGGAAAGUUGCAAAAGUACAGAAGCAGAAUCUCAGUGGGUUGAAGAUCACAUGUGGUUCCACCAGGCACGAGUCAGGGAUGUUGAGUGGCUCACAGGGCUGGACUUUUACCAGGGUAGCAACCGACCAGUCCCAGAGCUGCUGAGGGUGAAGACCCGCCCCACAGCAGCCAUUUACAGAAAACAAUAAAAGCACUCCUUUAAUUAUGUCAUGACACUGGUAGCACUGGUCUGAGGGGAUACAUUCCAAGCAACAUUAUUUAUUUACUUUUAUUUGUCAGCUCUUAAUUUAGUUGUUGUUUAUUCCAGUUGCUAUUGUGAAUCAUUAUUUCCCAAAUUCAUCAGUUUGUAAAUGAAUAAAGUGGAAGUUG